AUGAGUGGCUUGUGGAAUAACGAGACUUGUUUAACAUUAAUUGAUGCAUAUGAAUCAAAGAGGGUGUUAUGGGAUAGUACAUACGAAGAAUACUAUAAUCGCAUAAAAAAAGAAGAUGCUUGGCGUGAUAUCAGUGAUACAUUAAACAUUAGUGUAGACGAUGUUAAAAAAAUUGUAAGCUUGACAGGUUCAUUUAGACGAGAACGAUCAAAGCAAAAACGAAGUUCUAAAACGGGAAGUGGUCAAGAUCAAGCUUAUGUGUCAAAAUGGUUUGCAUUUGAUCGGAUGAAAUUUUUAAUGGAUAAAAGUGAACCAAAUGAAACUCGAGAUAGUUCCAAUUUAAGUUUAUUUAUUUUCAUAAUCUAUACUGAUUAUAAAGAGGUAAUGUUUGCGUGUUUGGAACUCACAAACACAACAAACUCGCAAACAUUACCGGAGAUUACUCUGGUGCUUCUGGUCCAAUAUGGAUAA